CUGUGAUACGGUUAAGAUUUAAACAAAUUCAACAUUCAAUACCAUUGUAAACAUUCUUGAUAUCAGUACAAUAGAUGUGUAACAUCCAUUUGUCUUUUAUGGAUUAUUAUCAUGGAUCUAAUCAAUAAUUCAUACUUCACAAUUGAAUACAAUUGAACCGGUAAACAUGCUUGCUGAUGGUGAAUAUGUAGAUGGUUCAUGGUUAUUAUCUAUUCAUAUUGAUGAUUUAAAUAUUGAUCGUGAAAUUCGUGUAUAUGGUGAAUGGUCUAUUAAUGAAUUAAUAACACAAUUAAUUGAUGGUUUAACAUGUCCUAUACCAAAAUCACUAAAUCCAAAUGAAAUCAGUUUACGUUCUAAUACUGUAAGAAGUAGUUGGGGAGAUUAUGGAUUAUGGUGGCCAGCUAGAUCUAAAUGGUUAUUAAAAACGAAAUCAAGUUUAAAUCAAUAUGGUUUACAAGCGGAUGCCAAGUUACGUUUCUUAUCGAUCUACGGGAAUUUAAAUAUUCAAUUACCAGAUUUACAAAUACGUGAAUUUGUUGAUGUAAAUUUUGCUGAACCAGUAUUUCGUGUUACUUUAUCGAUUUGUCGUUAUUUAAAUAUAAGACAUCCUGAGGAAUUAUCAUUAGCACAUUUUAUACAUCAGAAUGAUUUGAAACAUUCACGUUUUAUACCAAGUUCCGUAGAUAAACGUUAUCAUACAUUAUCGAAUACAGGGAAACGUUCAACAUUUCAACGUAGUGCCACCAUUAAUACAACACAUUCACAGUAUAAAACUCUACGUAAAGAAUCCUUAUUUCAAACGAAUGAAGGUACUCACACUAAUGUUAAUGAUAAACAUGAUGAAGCAAAAUCUGAAGAACAAUCCAUUAAAAGUUCUACAUUAUCAAGACAUUCAAUACAUUUAUUUGGUCCACCUAAAAUACGUGAUAAACGUACUCAUCUUCAUCGAUAUUCAAGACCAGAUUCUGGAAAUUUUAAUAAAGUACCAUUUUCACCAAUUGCAUUUGAUUUACGUAUAAUAGAUGAUUCUACAUUAGCAUUUAGUCCAAUAAUGAAUGUAGAUGAUGCUUUACAAAAAGGUUACAUUGUAAAACCGAAUAAUUAUAUACAACGGAUUCGAUUGAAUGGAAUUUGGUUAGAUUCAUCUAAAUCAUUAUUAGAACAAGGUAUUAAGAUGUCGGGUUAUUCUACAGUGACGAAUUAUCAAUUAAAUUCACCGUCAGUUAGUCGGCCGAAUUCCCCGAUAUCAUCACAAAAUGAUGAAUAUACUAUACCAACAUUAAUGCUACGUUAUAAAUAUGGAAUUUAUUAUGAUUUAAAUAUAAAAUAUGAUUUAAUACGUAUUAAUCAAUUAUAUGAACAAGCUAAAUGGUCAAUUAUAUCAGAAAUUAAUGAAGUAACUAAUGAAGAAGCCUGUUUAUUUGCUGCAUUACAAUCACAAGUUGAACUAGCUACUGAAGAAGAAACAUUAAUGAAUGAUGAAAAUUUACUGAAUGACAACAAUAAUGAAGAAGAACAAAAAGGAAUCAAUGGUACUAUUUAUACAAAUGAUACCCAGCAACUGGUUAAUUGUUCCCUGGACAAAAGUAUCCUUGAUCAUUGUAAAACAAAUGUGAAAAAAUUCAAAUCUACAUUCAUUAAACAUAAUCGUGAUAUUUCACCAUUAGGUGGUUACCUAUAUCAUACAGGUCGUUAUUCUAUGAAAUCUUCAUCACCAUCACCUUCAAGACCACUUAGUACUAUUGAAUUAGAUCAUGAAAUUGAUCUCAUGCUUGAUGAAUUAUCAAUGAAUUGUUUAGAGAAUACAGAUUCGAAUCUAUUAACCGAUGGUAUUAAAAUACAACAUUGUUCCAGACCAAAAGAACGUUUAUCACGUCCAUUAAGUCUAUUGAAUGAUACAAACCAUCAUCAUCAGAGUGAUAUAGAUAGUUUAAUGAAUAAUGAUCAAUAUGAUAAUCAUUCAAAUAGUUUACCUGAAUUAAACACUUAUGUUAAAAUAUGUAAACCAAGAAAAUUUGGUUUAAAAGUAUUUCAUCGUUAUUAUAUAUCUGUUAAAGGAACGGAAUUAUUUGUUUAUAAGAAUAAAGAUGAUUAUCUAUCCAAUAGUGAUUCAGCUGAAGUAAUCUAUUUACCAGGAUGUGAAAUACAAUCAGAUUUAUGUAUAUCAUCAGAAAAAUUCAAUCUACGUUUAUUUGUUCCAGUAUCACGUACUAAUUUACCAUUAUCUGCUGCAUUUGCUCCUUGUCAAUCAAAUGGUUUACAAUUAGAUGAUGAAGAUCCAACUGUAGGUAGUAAAUUAAAACGUAGAGCAUCAUUAUUAUCAUUAACAUCAUUAUCUCAUUUAAGUAAUGUUCUUGGUAUAUCAUCAUCAUCAUCAAACAAUGGCGCCCAAAAUGGACCCAUUAAUAUAAGUGGUAUUGGUGCAUUAACUGGUUCAUCUGCAACAAUGACUGGUCUUAUUAAUGAAUUAUGUUUACGUUUUUCAAAUUUAAAUGAUUAUAUAGAUUGGUUAACAAUAUUUCGUAUAACAACAUCGAUACAUUUAAUUUUACCAUCAAAUUUAUCUACUGAUAUUACAGAUUUAAGUAGUAUAUCAAUAAAAACAAAAAAAUCAUCUAAAAAGUCACGUUCUAUUAUAAUCACUUCAUUAUUAAAUCGUACAAUAUUUAAUAAUGAACGUAAAGCGAUAACGAAUCUCAUCCAGUUAUUAUCCCCUAAUAGUUUAAAGCUUGAUCAACCUGAUAAAGUAAUCAAUUUAACUAGAUUACAUCAUCAUUUAGAUAAACGUUUAAUUCAUAUGUUACCAUUAAGAUUAAGUUAUAUGAAAAAUUCAUAUCAUAAAACAUUAGAUUAUAGAUGGGAUCAUUUAAAAGAUGAUACUUUAAUGAAACAUUCAGGAACAUUGCCAAAUCAUGAUAAACCACCAAUUUAUUCAUCACAUAUGAAUCAAUUUAUACAAACUCGUAAUCAUUUCAUUCAACAUAUUUCAUCUAUAUAUACUCAAAUCAAUAAUUUAAGUAGUAUACAAUCUAAAUUAAAAUAUAUUAAUGUAUGGGAACAAUUACAUUUUCAUGGUAUUGCAUUCUUUCCUGCACGUAUUGAAGUCACUGUACCAUUGAAUACAUUAAUCAAUGGUGAGAAUGAUAAUGAUAAUGGUAAUGGACAAACCAAUUGGAUACCUGGAAUGAAUCGUUCAUCCACUAUGAAUAAUAAUCAUAUCACUAUAUCAAUCAGUCGAAAAAUUGAAUCUAUCGGUAUUGGAUCUACCCGUAUCUAUCGUUGUGAUUUAACUAAUGGUGAAAUAUUAGCAAGUUGGCGAAUGUCUUCAAUACAAAGUUGGCAUAUUAAUUGGGAAUUAAGUGAACUUGUAUUAAAUAUAG